AUGGGUUUCGCAUUUUGGAAAGGCAAUCAAUUCCCUGUAGAGGGGAGAACGGUUCUGCUCACCGGCUCAUCCCAGGGGAUGGGUAGCGAGAUCGCUCGUCUCCUCUCAGCCCGCGGCGCAAACCUCAUCCUCGUCGCACGCACAGCGAAGAACCUCGAGACAGCCCUCGCACACGCAAAAUCCCAUGCAAAGAACCCCGCCGCCCAACGCUUCACUUACAUCGCCGCCGACGUAACCUCCGAGGCUGAGAACGCCCGGAUUCUCAAGGAAGCAACGGCCUGGAACAAUGGACGUAUGCCGGAGAUCGUUUGGUGUAUCGCGGGGUCCUCAGUACCAGGCCUGUUUAUCGAGACGAGCACCGAGACGCUGAGGAGACAGAUGGAACUCAACUAUUUCGCUUCGGCAUACAUGGCACACAAGACACUCCAGGCGUGGUUCUACCCCGAAGUGCCGUACAAGUCGCAAGAAAAGAGUUCUGCACCAGAACCACCUCGCAAGUUCAUCAUGACCUCGUCCGCGCUCGCCUUCAUGAACAUAGCAGGCUACUCCGCCUACUCCCCCGCCAAAGCCGCUAUCCGCUCCCUUGCCGACGGCCUCCGUUCAGAGGUACAACUCUACAACGCGGCGCGUCGCUCAAAGACGGGCACCACUGGCGCCACACCCGCGCCUUUCGAUGUUGACAUUCAUGUCGUCUUUCCGGGCAGUAUACUAUCUCCUGGCUUCGAAAACGAGAACAAGACCAAGCAUCCCGUGAGCUUCGAGCUAGAGUCUUCAGAUCCCAAGCAGACUGAGCUGGAAGCUGCGACGGCAGCCAUCAAAGGACUCGAAGGAGGCGACUUCAUGACGCCUACGAAUUGGUUGGUGCAUUUGAUGCGUUGGGGCUCUAUAUCGGGUAGUCAGAGGAACAAUGUGGUUCUUGAUACGAUAGGAGCUUGGAUCGCGACAAUUGUUUGGUUGAUCAUGGUGCCAGAUCUGAAUGGCAAGGUCUGGGGUUGGGGCAAGAAGAACGGGAUGCCGGUGUUUAGGCCAAAUGCACAAUAG